CACCGCAGCCCCGCGCAGCCACAUCCACCUUCACGAUGUCUGAGGACGUGUCCACGGACCAUGUCAACGGUAACGGGACGGAGGAGCCCAUGGACACCACGGCGGCCGUGUCCGAGCACUCCGAGCACUUCCAGGCUCUGCUGGAGGCGGGGCUGUCCCAGAAGGUCUCCGAGAAGCUGGACCAGCUCUACGUAGCAGGCCUGGUAGCACAUAGUGACCUGGAUGAACGAGCCAUCGAAGCUUUGAAGGAGUUCAACGAGGAGGGAGCCCUGCAGGUUCUGGUCCAGUUCAAAGAGAGCGAUCUGUCGCACGUGCAGAACAAAAGUGCCUUCCUCUGUGGGGUGAUGAAGACGUACAGGCAGAGAGAGAAACAAGGGACUAAAGUUUCACCCACCACUAAAGGACCAGACGAGGCUAAAAUCAAAGAGCUUCUGGACAGAACCAAUUACACACUCGAUGUUACAACGGGCCAGCGAAAGUACGGUGGCCCCCCGCCAGAGUCCGUUUACUCGGGAUCCCAGCCCACCGUGGGAACGGAGAUAUUUGUGGGGAAGAUCCCCCGCGACCUGUUUGAAGAUGAGCUGGUUCCUCUCUUUGAGAAGGCCGGGCCUAUCUGGGACCUGCGGCUCAUGAUGGACCCGCUGAGCAGCCUGAACCGCGGCUACGCCUUCGUCACCUUCUGCACCAAGGAAGCAGCCCAGGAGGCCGUGAAGCUGUGUAAUAAUUAUGAGAUUCGCCCGGGCAAGCAUAUUGGUGUGUGUAUAUCUGUCGCCAACAACAGGCUGUUUGUUGGCUCCAUUCCUAAGAGUAAAACUAAAGAACAGAUUGUUGAGGAGUUUUCUAAAGUCACAGAGGGGCUCAGUGACGUCAUACUGUACCACCAACCUGACGACAAGAAGAAGAACCGGGGUUUCUGCUUCCUGGAGUACGAAGACCACAAAACGGCCGCUCAGGCGCGCCGGCGGCUAAUGAGCGGCAAGGUGAAGGUCUGGGGCAACCUGGUGACGGUGGAGUGGGCCGAUCCCAUCGAGGACCCGGACCCAGAAGUCAUGGCCAAGGUGAAGGUUUUAUUCGUGAGGAACCUGGCCAACGGUGUUACAGAGGAAAUGCUGGAGCAGUCCUUCAGUCAGUUUGGAAAACUGGAGCGAGUGAAAAAGCUCAAAGACUACGCCUUCAUCCACUUUGAGGAGAGGGAUGGUGCAGUGAAGGCUUUGGAAGACAUGAACGGUAAAGAGCUGGAGGGAGAGCCUAUUGAGAUCGUUUUUGCCAAACCGCCAGAUCAGAAGAGGAAGGAGCGUAAGGCCCAGAGACAAGCAGCCAAAACACAAAUGUAUGAUGACUAUUACUACUACCCUCCCCCUCCUCACAUGCCCCCGCCUGUCCGAGGGCGGGGCAGGGGAGGCAGCCGGGGCGGCUACGCCUACCCACCCGACUACUACGGUUACGAGGACUACUACGACUACUACGGCUACGACUACCACAACUACCGCGGCGGCUACGAGGACCCGUACUACGGGUACGACGACUUCCAGGCCCCGAGCCGGGGGCGGGGCGGCAGCCGGGGCGUCCGGGGCGGAGCCUCGCCGGCCCGAGGACGUGGCGGCGCCGGGGCCCCGAGAGGCCGGGCCGGCUUCUCCCAGCGUGGCGGGCCGGGACCAGGCCGCGGCGGCGGGCGGGGAGCAAGAGGAGGCGUGCAGCCGAGAGGGCGAGGAGGGCAGGGAAAAGGGGUCGAGGCCGGUCCCGAUGUGUUGCUAUGAAGACUGACCCAGCAUAUGGCGUUACUUGCUGCAGGCUGAACCGUGGAGACAAUGGUAAGGUCACCUGACUCAGUGGUCCAAUGGCAUCCCAGCCUUCUGUAAGGAGCAGAUCUCCUGAGGAGGAUCUGACACCCAAUCAGCCAUGAGACGUGCUGGGCAGGAGUUCAUGGUGGACGUCCUCCUGGAGAAAGCUUGGCACUUUUUGUUUUUGUUUUCCUAAGUUUUGAGUGCCCCCCCUCCCCCCCCGUAGGACUUGUUUUUAUUUAAAAUGUAUUUUACGAUGGACUCUGCAUCUGGUCAUCGGAGGUGACGUGGAGGUGUGAUCUCCUGGCGCUGAAGGCCAGGCAUUCCAGCGAGACGGCUCGUUAUCUACCUCGGUUUCGGCUCUUCCGUUUUGUACUGGAGGAAACUGAGGCGGGGCUUGGCCCUCCCCUCCUUCACCCCCCUCCCUCCCUCCCUACCCCCCCCACCCCCAGAAUUGCACAGACAAUACGAAGCACUUCACGAACUCUAGCUCCCACCUGAGUGGAGGUGGAGCUGCAGCCGCUGCAGGACCCGGGGCUGGAACAAGCCGCCGGCAAUGAACCGUUUCAAAGCUGCCUGGACACCAGCCAUCCUUGGUCUUCCUCGACGGGGACGGCUGUCUUAACUCCCGCGUUUUUGUCUUCGUCUCAUCGCUGCAAGGACGCCUUUUUUGCUCUGAGCGAACAUCCCGGCGUAGACGAGCGACAUCCAGUGAAGCUGCUUGUAGUUCUGUUUAGUUUUGUGUUGCUACCAGAGCUGGAGGAGAGUUACCGGUCCAGCUCCUCCCGAGAAUGAGUUAACGUAACGGAGAGCAGGAUCGUACGUGUCACACCGGCUCCAACUCGUGUUCAGAUGUUUGACGCUCGUCUGUAACCGUUUAUUCACGACUCCGGUCGUAGCACGUAAACGUGACUGGAAGUCAGAGUCCACCUUUAAAUGUUGAAGUUGAGAAGUCUGUGAUGUUGAGUUGUUUUAACGGGACACUGAUCCGCCUCUGAGGUGCUGUGGAGCCUGAAAGAUCAAAAAGAUGUCGAAAUCCAAGAUGCUAAAGUUAACUGAGUUUUCUUUGUACAUUUUAAACUAAAACAGUAAAAACCUGAGAAGUUUGGUGCUGUUCUAUGCUUCCCUACGAAUCCCUGCCGCUGGUCUGCCGCUCCAUCCCCAAAACUGUGGACAGGAGUCUUUACAAAAGCAGAACUCUGUCAGAGAACUUGAAGCAGAUGGUUCUGACGGUUAUGCAGCGCUACGAGACAACAGCAGACGUAUUCUCAGCGCUUGUACCUGCUGACGCAGCGCCACAAACGCCCUGGUGGUCUUCUAUGAAGUCAAGGGACCUCAAAGGAUUCUGGGAUUUGUAGGAAAGCACAGAUUAGAGCAGGAAAAUGUUGGAUGUUUCCUUUAAAGCGCUUUAAGUUUCUUUAGUGCAUCGUCUCUGCCUUUUGUGUGAUUGCCAUGACAACACCAUGUCUUGAAUCAUGCUUAGCUUUCAGGUCAGAGAUGAUUGUGCAGCUUUUGAUUUCAUUUUUUUAUCAUUGGGUCUCCAAUGUUCAGUGUCUUUUUUUUUUUUUUUUUUUUUUUUUUUUUGUGCGUUUGCAGUCUUGCAAAUGAAAUGUUUUAUACUGUACAUUGAGGUGAAUUGAAACCUAUUUUUCUAAUAAAGUUAUUGACUUUGAA